AUGGCAAUGCCAGGAUCAUAUGACCAGAAUCCGCAAAGAUGGAAUCCUGGCGGUCCUCCCCCCAAUCAAGCGACCGGUCAAAUGGGGGCCCCGGGGACGGGCCCACCGCAGUACGGCCCACCUACCAUGCAAGGGAUGGCCACGAUCUCCGGCUACGAGAAAGUUGGAGGAUUCGGACAAAUGAACUUUAUGCCACCUCCGCCCCCGCCACCUCCCCCACAGGGUAAACCACCUCCGAUGGAAUUCACCAAUUUGGCUAAUCUCAACGAGGAAGAUUGUAGGAACGCCAUGAUCCAAUUUGUGAGCGAAAACUGUUGUUAUGGUUCAGCUCCCGCAAAGGAAAUGAACAUCACAAACGUGAUUGGUCUGACCGCCCUGCAUUAUACCUUGGAAACAUUCUGUGAAAGUAGACGGACAGGAUACGUACAUGAACCCUAUCGAGGGGGGCCUGUGGAUGGCCCUCACAACGGUCCGGCUCCACCUCCGUGGCAGAUACAUUGUGUAGCAAAUUCCAUGUUCAAUACACACGAGAAGAGACAGGAGGUUCCUCAUACUGCUACAGUAAUGCCCUGCCAUGCCUGUGACGCUCGUGGUUACCACAUAUGCUGGAGAUGUCAUGGAAUUGGUCAUACGCGUUGUGACAACUGUAACGGAUCCGGACGACGUCAUACCCAUGACCCGCACGGCAACCCUAUUACCGAGAUGUGUUAUCAUUGCCAUGGCGACGGCAGAGAAAGGUGUUACAAAUGCGGGGGAGAUGGGAGGAUUACGUGUGAUGAAUGUGACGGUUAUCGCAAUAUAAAAAGUUACAUUCAGCUGACAGUGACAUUCACUAACCAUAAAGUAGACCACAUCAUUGAACGGUCAGAUAUGCCAGACGAAUUGGUCCGACAUGUGUCCGGGGACAUUAUAUUCGAGCAGGUUUUACCUCAGGUUUGGCCUAUAACCGCCUAUCCUGUGGCAGAGAUUAACGACAACUCUGUUCGCCUUGUUAACCAACACAAGGGGGCAUUCCCUAAUGAACGACAACUCCAACAGAGACAACAGUUGAGAGCGGUACCUGUGACAGAAGCUCAUUACGAAUGGAACGAUACGAAAACUAGGUUCUGGGUAUACGGACUAGAGAGAAAAGUGGAAGCCACUGACUACCCCCAGCAGUGUUGUUGGGGAUGUGAGAUCCUCUAA